ACCACGUCUCAAUUGCAGAAGCAAGAGUCUAGACUUGACAAAAAUCAUGAGCCUCGUACACACUUGAAUACAAACGAUACUGAAUUCAUGAUGAUAGCGAUUUGUUGCACCGUUGUCUUAUGGUUUUAACUGUUGUUAUAGUAACAAAAGGACGCGGCCUUUGUUUUUGGCGUAUGUUUGAGUCACCAUCGACUAAAAGAAAGUGGUCACGUGUCAGUGAUGGAUUUCGUCAUUUUAGUUUGAUAUUAUCUUAACUUAUUCGAAAGGAGAGCGAUUCAAAUAUUCCCAAUGAAUGUAAAAAAAAUACCUUAGCUGUAAGGAAAUACAUACAGAGAAAGCCACGAAAUACCCCAAGAGAAUCGGAUCUUCUUUUUCUUCUUCUUAAACUGUUAGAAUUUAAAAAUCGUUCUAGUGUUUAUAAAGAAAAUCAUAUCACCUAAAAAUUCUUUUUCCUAGUUAACAACUAACACAUAGCAAUUAGAGAAUGAGUACCUGCUUCAUUUGCACUAGAACCUAGUAUAGGCCUAUCAAUACGCUUUAGUAGUCGCCUCUGGGCAGAUAUUUUCUACCUCGAUGUUCCAAACAACUUAUAAGGUGAUAUAGGCUAGUGCAAUGGAGACACCUAACGAAGAGACUCGCAAUGGAGUCCUACCUUUAAAUUACUUCCGGCACGACAUCAUUUUAAAAGAGCAACACAAGCCCACAGAUAUUUACAGCGGGGCUGGCAUCGCACAAACCACGACACUCGGCUGCACGAGCGACUUGAAAAAGACAACACAGGAAACAGACGUCUCGGUGGCGGUAGUUGACAUCGAGGUGCCUCCAGAUGUGACGUCUCGGAGGUCUCCAACUUCAUGGCGCUUCAAGCAUCGAGAGACACUGAAACUUGUCGCUGUAAUCAUCUCAAUCCUCGGCUACUUCGCCUACUUUACAGCGGCAUUGGUUCUUAAUUUCCAACAAGCCAUCCCUCUCCUUGUGUUGACUCUGCUCGCUGUUGUCAUAGUAACAAAAAGACUCGGGCUUCGUUUUUGGCGGACGUUUGCGUCAUCAGAGAGUAAAAGAAAGUGGUCACGUGUCAGUGAUGGAUUGCGGCGUUUUAGUUUGAAAUUAUCUAACUUAUUAGAAAGGAGAGCGAUUCAAAUUGUGUGUUAUUUGCUAUGUGUGGGAGCCAUGCUCACUUAUGUUGUCGUAAAGAACUAUUCCAACUUGGAGAAUUUAAAGCCGGCGCUGGGGCUAUUUUGUAUCGUCCUCUUUUGUUGGUGCAUAUCCUAUGAUAGGUUCAAGAUCAACUGGCGCCCUGUGAUCUGGGGGCUUGGUAUGCAGAUGCUACUUGGGCUUUUUGUACUCAGGACGUCCGUUGGCGCUGAGGCGUUUCGCUUCAUUGGUCAUCAGUUUGAAAUAUUUCUGAACUACGUGUUGGCUGGAGUGACCUUUGUCUUCGGGGAAAAAUACGAAGAUUUUUUCUUCGUUUUCAAGUUGAUGCCAACCCUGAUCUUCAUAAGCUCAGCGAUGUCCAUACUCUAUCAUUUUGGCGCCAUGCAAUGGAUCAUCGACUGCAUAGCUUAUGCAAUGUCUGUCACCAUGGGAACGACUGCUGCUGAGAGUACAAGCACUGCGGCGUGUAUUUUCUUAGGCCAGCCAGAAGCCUCUCUGACCAUUCGGCCAUUUCUCCAUCUGAUGACACGAUCCGAGUUUUUCGCCAUUCUAACGGCAGGAUUUGCUUCGGUCACCGUCGAUGUGUUCUCCAUCUUUGUCACCUACGGGAUGUCUUCCACUGACAUCAUUACAGCUGUCUUGAUGUCGGCACCUGCUGGUAUGGCCAUAUCAAAACUGAUAUGUCCAGAAACGGAAAUCUCCCAGACCAAGACUUUACGGGACAUCAACUCUAAAAGUUCCAAGCGCACGGAAAAUGUGGUGGACGCUGCCAUCACAGGAGCCCAGGAUGCGGUGUCCAUCAUUGCUUCAGUCAUUGCAGCCCUGAUCGCUUUCUUAAGUCUGUUUGCCUUCUUGAAUGCUGUGGUAACUUACCUUGGAAGCCUGGUGAACAUAGAGGGUCUCACCAUAGAUGGAAUUAUCGCCUACCCGCUAAUGCCAGUGGUCUAUCUUCUGGGAGUACCGUGGCACGACUGCAAGGUGAUCGGUGAGGUGGUUGCCCUGAAAACCUUCGUGAAUGAACUUGUGGCCUACCAGAGGCUGUCGGAGAUGGUCAAAGCUGGACGUGUGAUCACGAAACGUUCAGAGAUUGUUGCUAUGUACGCACUGUGUGGCUUCUCCAAUCCAACUUCCGUGGGCGUGUCUCUUGGUGGGCUCUCUGCUAUGGCCCCAGAGAAAAAAAUGGUUCUAUCAAAAAUUAUAUUGAUGUCAUGGCUUGCAGGCUGUUUGGCGUGUUUUAUGACGGCUGCUUGGGCAGGUCUGUUGUAUGUGGAAGACGUUUCUGAUCUUCUGGACAACUCGACUACAACAAAUGUUUAUUAAAAAGUCUUUAAACGAGAAUUUGACUUUGUGAACAUUCGAUUGAUGAACAGUUCCUACUUCAACACAUCUCUUCCAGUUUUGAGAGAUUAUGUUGGAGCCUCUGAAAAUUAGGAUUAGAAGUGAAGGCCUAAGAAAGACGCGAACGUUCCCAGUCUGUGUGGGUUCCAGUCAAGACUUAGAGUGUUCGUCUUUUGAGCAUAUCCCGGUGAUGGAGGAAAAACACUGUCUAGUUUGCUGAAAUAAAAGAUUCUACAAAAUUUCA